AUGCCUAGUUUUCGACUAGACUACAAAACUCGCUCUAAGCCAAGUGCUGGCUACACCUUUCUUGCCCAUAUGUUGGAACCACAUGAAAUGGAUACACUGUCAAUGUCAUCAAACAGAGACAGUGAAUCCCAAGCCGCUCCUCGACCAACCAAAGACAUGGUAUUUAAGCAAGAGACAAAGCUUUCACGUGCCAAGAAGACAUUCGAAAAUUGCGACUGGGAAGGUUCCUGGAUCUGGGAAAUCGGGUGUGCCAUUCUCAGUGUCGUCUACCUUGCCCUCUUAAUAGGCUUUCUGGGAUACGUGGAUGGGAAAGCCUAUCUCAGCUGGCAAUAUUCUAUAUCUCCUAAUGCAGUCAUCUCUGUCAUUGCGACUUUCGCGAAGGCAGCGAUGCUUGUUUUAGUUUCGGUCUGUCUCAGCCAGUUGAAGUGGAAACAGGGCCUCGAUCGAACUCCAACGCCGCUCUAUCAUUUCCAUCUUCUUGAUGAAGCCAGCCGUGGUCCUUGGGGGUCCCUAAAGAUAUUUUGGCACUUGAGGUCAUUUCUGGCAUGGGCUGGAGCUGGACUGAUGGUCCUCGCUGUUGCGAUUGAUCCUUUUACACAGCAGAUCUUAGCAUUUCCAUCACGACAAGUACGAGUACUAAAUGAGACUGCAUAUGUCUUUAAAGCGCAGGAGUUCCAUACCAAAUGGGAACGGAGCACAUUUCAAAUGGAUCAUACUAUGCAGAUUGCCAUGUUCAAUGGAUUGACACAAACAAACGCUCCUCUCGCAGCAAAUUGUCCUUCGGAAUCCUGUGAUUAUCCCGACUUUACCACGCUUGGGAUUUGCACGUCUUGUGAAAAUGUUACAGAAACAGCUACACAAGACUGCCGACCCAUUCCAAGUCCAUAUUAUGGAUGGAACUUCACCCAGAAAUGGUCGAAUUGGCAUGAAAUCCUCUCCAGCCCGACAACCCCUGCCCUCCGUAAAAUGGCUGCAUCAAUCCCUAUUGACUGCCAUUACUCAACGCCGAAUGGAUUUUCAUUUACUCCAAAAACUUAUUCGCCCUCCACUUCCAAUGACACUAUUGAAAUAUAUCGUGAUAGCUUUAUAGCUACCAGUCCGAACACACAUAAUCUUUCGGACAUUGCCUACAUCUCCAUGACAAAGUACAGUCCUGAGCCUAUUACGUACACUACUGAGAACACGAGUGUGAGCGAGCAAAGGCCUGAGAUGAUACAAUGCUCAAUUCAGCUGUGUGAAAAACAGUAUACACAGAACCAUGUUUCGAAGAACAAACGCAGUCUUCAACCCUCAAGAACCCAAGUUCUACAGCGCAUCGAUUACGGUUGGGGUAACACGACUUUAAUACCUAUAGAUGGGAAAAAUACCUUAUCAGACAACUCAACCUACUCUAUCGAUAGGAUGUCCUGGUUAGGGCUCUCCAUGCAUUUAACAACGGCGUUCAAUACCGUUCUUAGUGAUGGCAGGGCCCCGCCUGGUGUCGUCUUCGCCACGGUUCUCUACAACAGUGCCAACAUCACCGAAUCAUUCAGGGGAAUGGCCACUAGCAUGACCGACAAUAUGCGCUUAGGCGUUGGACAAACUAAAGUUGACGGAAGAGCUUAUCAAACUGAGACGUUCAUUCAUGUCCGUUGGCUGUGGGCUAUUCUUCCCAUAGUAACCGUCAUCUUGUCCAUCUCUCUCUUCAUGGCUACAGCGAUUGUUAGUCGGGGUCAACCCGUGCUAUGGAAAUCGUCCGUUUUCCCACUCCUCAUGGGGCUGUUGCAGAUUGCUCCAGAACAUGAAAUCGCCAACGUCCGGCAUUUAGGCCAGAUACAGUCUAUGUCGAAGGAAAUCAAGAUUGUUGUAGAAGGAGAGGAUAAUGGUCCCCUUUUGUUCUCCGAGCGAUAA